UGUGAGGAUACUUUUUUUUCAUUCCGCUCGUCUUGCUCAAUUGGUGCUAUUGUUUGUUAUUACAAUUACCUGUAGCUGUUUCUUAUAGGCGAUAUUGCGCUCAUCAAGCGACAUACUCGCGACAACUUCCAUCGUUGCCUGUCCACCAUGUUCUCGCUGCUGCUUCAUUCCAUCUUCCUUCUCUUGGCCGUCGUCUCAGCUACGCCCUCGCAGUACUGCCUCUUCGGCCUCCCCCGCAAUGAAGUCGACUUCUGCAUGGCCGUCUCGCUCUACCACAACCACUCGACCGAGGCUCACGAUGUCCACCUCUCAUUUGCCCUGAGGCGAGCUGCUUCCAACGGCUCCCACGCACUGGGAUGGACCGCCAUUGGCGCAGGCCCCCAGAUGGCCGGAUCCCUCAUGUUUGUCCUCUAUGGCGAUCCCGAAGCGCCCGAUGGUGCUGCUGCCCGCCCAACGCUCAGCGUGCGGACCGUCACAAAGGGCCACGCACUGCCGCAGCUCAUCGCCCAGGACGAAGCCCCCAAGGACCUGGACGUGCGCAUCUCCGAGACGAAAUGGACCAGGGCCGCAGAUGGCGAGAGCGACAUGUACGUGGCUUCGGCGUCCAUCGUCUGCUACGCCUGCUCCAAGUGGCCGGGCACGGAAAUCUCCCCCGAGACGGCCUCGCAGCCGUGGAUCUGGGCGUGGAACAAGCAGCAGCACAUGAGGAGCUUCUUGCCGGACCAGCAGCUGGAGAUGCACACGCUCAUUGACGGCUACGGCCACUUCUACGUCGACAUGGAGGCGGCGACGUCGCACAAGGCCAGCGGUCCUCCGGCCAUUGUCCUUGCCGGCGAAAACUCCAACAUUGGCACGUCUGACCGGCCCAUG